AUGGAGAGAAAAGAAAAAGAAGUGACGAGAGGGGAAAAAAAGCAAGAAUUAAUGGUGAAAAAGUUGAAACGCGGGAUUUUGGUAGGGAAAAGAGCAGGCCCCUCUACUCCUUCACCCACUUGGAGACUUGAGUUUACAUCUCCAAAUGUAAAAAACUCCAUUGCUCAAGAAUUUGUUACUAAUCAUCCUACAUCAGCAGUUUCUGCUAGAAAACUUUGUGCCAGUCUCUGGGAGAUUCAGCCCCACCGCCUCUCACUUCCUCAAAUGCCAAAGCCAAGUUUUAAAAACAAACACAAGGGUUUUGAUCUUCCAACUCAUCUGGUUCACCACCCUCCUACUAUUCUCCCUCGCCAGCCAGAGAGUGCGAGUAGCUCGAGCAAGCAUAUUGCUACAUCACUUAUGCAACACCGUCAAUCAGUUGAAAGGAAUCGCUGUGCUUUACAGCCUGUAUCUCCUGCAAGUUAUGAUAGCUCAUUGGAGGUGGCUCCUUAUAACCCAGCAGUCACUCCCUCUAGUUCGUUAGAUUUUAAGGAUAAGCUGGGUGGGUCAAGUUUUAACCUUAAAACAUCCACAGAAUUGCUCAAGGUUCUUAAUCGAAUCUGGAGUCUUGAAGAACAGCAUGUAUCAAAUAUGUCAUUGGUGAAAGCUUUGAAAAUGGAACUCGAUCAUUCUCGGGCCAAAAUAAAAGAGUUGCUACAAGAGAAAGAAACGAAUGAGCAAGAAAUGGAUAACUUGAUGAAGCAAGUUACUGAGGAAAAACUUAUCAGGAAGAAUAAGGAGCAAGAUCGACUCAAAGCUGUUGUUCAGUCAGUGAGAGAUGAGCUUGAAGAUGAGAGGAAAUUAAGAAAACACUCGGAAAGCCUGCACCGGAAGCUAGCUAGAGAUCUUUCUAAAAUGAAAUCCUCUUUCUCUAAUGUUUUGAAAGAGUUUGAAAGAGAGAGAAAAGCAAGGAUUCUAUUGGAGAACUUGUGCGAUGAAUUUGCCAAAGGAAUUAGAAAUUAUGAAGAAGAGGUGCGGUCACUAAGAUACAAGCCAGAGACUGAUCAUGUUCAUAUGGAAAAUGCUGACAGGUUAAUUCUUCAUAUUUCGGAAGCAUGGCUUGAUGAGCGGAUGCAAAUGAAGAUAGCAGAAGCACAAAAUAAUCUUGCAGAAAAGAAUACAAUCGUGGACAAGUUAAGUCUUGAUAUAGAAAACUUUCUUCAUGCUAAACGCUUCUCUGGAUCAAGGAAACAUGGUAACCUGUCUACAAAUGAGCUAAAGAAAAGCUUUUCACAUCGUCAAUCUUUAGAGUCCUUUCCAUUGAACGAAGCUGUAAGUGCUCCUCAAGAUGUUGCUGAUGAAGAAUAUUCAAGUGAUACUGAUUCACAAUGUUUGGAGCUAGACAAUAGUGCAGCAAGGAAACAAAUCAAAGGCCAUCUUCAAGAAUUGGUAAAUUCAAAUUCCAUGAAGAAGUCUGGGUCAAGGGAAAAAGUUCAGGGUCGUAACCUGCUCAGUUUGCAUGCUCAAUCCAACGUACAUACAGCCAGAAAAAAGAACCAAUUUUCAGAUUGGCAACCGGGUGAAGUACAAGGAGAUGUCUGUGGGUUUAACCAAGCAAGUUUACAGGAAACCAAAAACAAACGGGGUGGAAUGGACUCAAAUCAUGUGCUUGAUGAAUUAAUUAGAAGUCAUUCCUUGUCAUCUGAAGGCGAUAAGAUUCAUCCUGAGAGUGAUAUCAGGGAAGAUGCUUGUGUUCAAUCAUUAUACAAAGGUCAUGCUAGUCCCGUCCAAAAGUGGAUGUCAAAAUUAACAUCCCCAGAUUUUGAAAAAUCUGAAUCUUCUCUGAAAUUGCCUCGGAUGAUAAAGGAGAGUACCCUUAAAGAAAAAUUACUAGAAGCAAGGUUAGAGAGCCAGCAGUCUCGUGCAAAACCCUCAAAAGGUCCCUUUUAGUUUGUCAAGAAUGAUGGAUUCACUUGAAGUACUAACUUUCCGGUCGAGAAUUCAAGUUACUGAGAUUGUAAUGUGCAAUGUUUCAAAUAUUUUUUGUUCGAACU